AUGGCCGCUCUUGACGGCCAAGGAGAAUCGAGGGCCACCAGGCCGAUAUUCUUCUCAGCAGGAACCUUUAAAAGGGGCAAAAUUUCGUUCUCGUUCAGACAGAGCCUCACAUCGACUACGAAUUUCUUGAAGAGAAGGUUUUCCUCGUCGGAUCUCAGCGGUGACCUCGACCCAGAUUUUGCGUCGGGCGUUGCUGGCAAUGUCCAGCAACCCAUCUAUGGCGCCCAUGCAGAACAGUUCGGGGUCGGACCUGCACCGGCCACUCACCCACCUGGUGCACCAUCCGCGCCUCAGACCCCGCUGAUUACAGCAGGACAACCAUCUCAACAAGAUCUGCUUAAUUCGCUGCGGAGCUCAUCUGCCAUAUCCGCUCCCGCCUCCCCAGCGCGAAGCGUGACGUCAUUUCUAUCUCGGGGAGUAUCCUUGACUGGAACCCUCAAAGGAGCAGGAUAUAAUAAGGACAGACACCUCACUUUGCUUGUCAUUGAUGAUCAGCCCACCGACUGGUCUCGCUAUUUCCGUGGACGGAAGGUGCAUGGGGACUGGGACAUCCGAGUGGAGCAGGCCGAAUUCAAGGAACUUUCCCUUUGCUCGAACAGCGAACUUGGAACAGCCGUGUCGAUGAAUUCGUUUCGACAAGGAAAUAAGGUAUCUAAAACGUUUCGGCCCGAUUUCCUGUUGGUGAGACAACAUGUGCGCGACGCCCACCACGAUUACCGACCGUUACUUCUGGGUUUUCGCUAUAGUGGGGUGCCCGCAAUCAAUUCGAUACACUCUCUCUAUAAUUUCCAGGACAAGCCUUGGGUGUUUGCCCAACUAUUGAGUUUACAACGACGUAUGGGAAAGGAGCAGUUCCCUUUGAUGGAACAAACAUUCUUUCCUACUUACCUGGACAUGUGUAUGAGCAUGCCCAAAUUUCCAUGCGUGGUUAAAAUUGCUCAUGCUCAUGGGGGCAUCGGCAAAAUCAAGGUAGAAAAUCAAUUCGACUAUAUGGACGUCCAAAGCGUGGUAGCAGUAUCACAUUCAUACUGUACCGUCGAGCCUUUCAUCGAUACAAAAUACGAUCUUCACAUCCAGAAAAUCGGCAAUAACUACAAAGCGUUUAUGCGCAAAAGUAUCAGUGGUAACUGGAAAGCGAAUAUGGGGUCUGCUAUGUUGGAACAGGUGGUUUUAUACGAACGCUAUAAAACAUGGGUAGACGCUGUGGCGGAACUUUACGGUGGACUAGACAUUUGUGCGGUAGAGGCAAUUCAAGGAAAGGACGGCCGGGAAUAUAUUACGGAGGCCAAUGACUCAUCGCUGCAGCUCUUAGGCGAGACUCAAGACGAGGACAGACGUCUGAUCGCUGAUUUGGUAGUUCAGAAAAUGCACCAGUUCUGCAGACCGCCCGGAACUCAGCUGUCAGCCCGUCCGGCCGUUCCCGCAACUGCACCUCCAUUUGCAGCAAAUGUAUCCGCGCCUGCAUCAGGAGCAGCGACUGCCACUAGUGCUCCGGGAGCUGCCCCCGGCUCAGCCGUGGCUAGCGCACCUCCACAGCCUCCGAGGCCAGUUCCACCUCCGGCAGUUUCUGGCGACGCUAAUGCUUCUUCACAGGCGGGAACCCUUCCGCCUCGUCCAGCGCCACCGGGUCUCCGUCGGGGUUCGUCGACAACUACUGGCCCCCCACCUCCGACACCGCCCCCGCCUUCAGCCGCUGCCCUUCAGGCUGCCGGAUCCUCGGUCCAGCCGUCAUCAGCUACAACCAGUGCCACUCAGCAACAGCCACCACCCCCCGUGCCGGCUGCACCUGGGACGGUGACCGGAACAGCGGCACCCGGAACGGCUACAUCGGACACGAACCCGUUCAACACGGCCGCCGGAGCCGCAGAACAGGCGUCUGCCGCGGCUUCCGCAGCUGCAUCAGCCCUCUCAAGAGGCGCCGCGUCGUUAUUCCGAAGGGAAAGCCAGAGCGAUAAAGCCGGAGUUGACGAUCCUGAAGACACCAUGGGCAACCUACGUAAGACGUUUGCCGGAGUCUUUGGCGAUAUGUAAGAAGCAAAAUACAAUAGAGGAUUGCGACAGCAGUGAAUCUAUGAUUUGAAUAAAUUAAUUAAACUGAUUUCUCUAUUCAUGCAUUAAACUAAUGGAGGACAUCUUCGGCGGCCGAUAAAAAGUUCGUGUACCAAAGUCCCGUGUACGCUUUCCCUAAAAAAAUACAUACGACAUUUUUGUUUAAACCCGUUUCUCGGUUACCACGAAUUGUGUGCUUAAUACAGGAACUAAAUACUAUUACUAUGAUGCUAGCUAUAUUGACAGUCGUAACAUAAAUCAUUCCACUAUCAACACAAGUGCUUCGAACAAGAACAACUGCGGCCACGGCAACAACAGUACGAUUGCAGCAAUGCUACUUAAGCAGCUGGCACUCUGACCUAUUCCAAAAAGGUGAUAGGAAGUAGAGAAAAUUGGUCAUCGAGCAGACGCAUUGAUUGACCAAUGUAUCGAUCACUCAGCAACGCUUCACCACAGCAAUGCUUUCUAACCUCACGAAGUUUCCCGAGAAACGACUCCCGACGGCGAUAAGUACAGCAGAAUCAUCAUCAACAGCAGCAGCAGCAGCAGCGGGAAGGCCAAAACAACAGCGACUUAGAGGUGUGCAAAAAACACCCAUAUUAUCGAACUAACUAUACACUAUAUGGACACAUAUGAUACAUCAGGAACAACAAUGGUGAACGAAACAUACUCAAACACUGACAGAUUCAUAUGCUUGCACAAUAAUGCUACUGAUUGGAUGAUGGAUCCCUCUAAAAAGGUCUUCAGGUAACUUUACGAGCCUAGCUUCACCUUGCCGCUCUCCACUGCUGUCCUCCUAGAUUUCAUGCAAUGCAUCCGUAAGAUACGUUCGUACGUGCGUACAAUCGAUUGCGCCUUUACUAUUUGGUUGCAUGUUUAAACUGUAGAAGUAAAAUGUAUACUUACUAAGUAAACUACGUUACAUACAUAUAUGACAGUAUACUGACACACCUAAUCGUCAAGUUCCUGUCAAGAAUCACAACAAACGACUGUCUGAACUUGAAUGAAUGAUUUUUGAUCCCAUCAACAUUAUGAUACGACUUAUUCAUUGCGAUAUUCGGCCCAAGAUGAAGUAGGAAGCAAAAACAACUGGAAUUAGUAAUGCUUUAUAAUCCGCUAUGUAAGACGUAAUUUAAUAAGAACUUAUCGAUACUGAAUGAUUAUUUAUCUAUUAUAAUUUUUACACUAUGUGUAUAUGUGAGUAUGAUCGCUACUAUUUGUACUCGUUACAUAUAGUGUAACUUACAUACAUUAUUGGGCAAUGUUACGUGUUUACAUUGUUAUGCUAUGGUCUAUCCACUAUUAUUAUUUAUUUAUUUAUAUUACUAUAUUAUGGUAAGUUUACCUUUAGUGAUAUCAAAGAAGGAUAAUUCUCCGAUACAGAAAGAUCUACGUCGUAAUAGAGAAAGAGAAUUGUAUUUAACAAUAUAUAUAUAUAUAUAUUUUACGUUCAUAAUUAUUUUCCCUUGCGAUCAUGUCAGCGGUUGUACAGUGAGGCCCAAGCAUGAUGAAAUGUCGUCAUUCUUGUUAUACAAUAGGUUAUGUAUCAGGCGUGAGGAUAUAAGAGGUUAUCAGGGUCAACAAACCAUUUCCUCGACCUAAAUUCGUCUGUUUAGUAUGUGAAAGACAUAAAAUACUUGUCCUAGAAUGGGUCCUAUUUUUCUAUGCUUUGUAAACGAAUUCACUCAUUGACGAUGGCACGCUACCAUUCGAUUUUAUCUUUGGAUAUUCGCUCGCCGCAUUAUGUACUCUGCGCGUUUACUCACUGAACACUUAAAAACUUGAACCUUUGUCGUCAUUAUUAGUCCGGCAACGCACCCAGGCGGACAUCUUGUCACUGCUGCACUGAGUACAGAACUAUGUAGGUCUGCAGUUUAUAUGGAUGGAAAAGCCAACUGCUAAAUGAUGAGGCGCGAUAGAAUGUACACAAAUCAUAAACUCCCUCUUGAAACUGUUUGGAAUAAUAAAAUUGCUGUAAUUUUCACCACUAUAGCAGCCCCUGCACAGUCAGCUAACGUCUGUCGCAAAAAUGCUCGGAUCUAGUCUAAAUUAUAGUACGAUUACAAUUUGUGUAUCAAAUAUUAGCCGAGUGAGCUAAGGUACUUUCUAAAGGAAAUCGAUAUUGAGAAGCGCCUUCAGAUGACGGAUUAUGAAGCGAGACAAAAUAGUAAAAAAAAACAAAAAAAAACUGGGAGAGUAGAAUAUAGCGUCUGUCGAACGAACGGGACGUAAUCGAUUCUCUACACAAAAAAAAAAAUAAGACAAAUUGAAUCGAAUUCCUACAUGUUCGUAUAAUAAUAUAUACGACUAACUAAAAAUUUGAAAUUUAAUUAAUCUCUACACCUAUACAUGAUAUACAUCUAUAUAUAUAUCUAUAUAUAUAUAUAUAUAUAUAUAUAUAUAUAUAUAUAUAUAUAGUGUGUACAAGUCACGAAUGUAUUACAAUGAGUACCACUUUGAUGAAAUGCCUUGUGUUUGAGAAGAUGAUUUCGCUUGACAAAAAGCUCCUUGGGGCUGGUAAAAGUGCUUGAUCCUACUCUGUGCUAUACUAUUGAAUGGAUUAUAACAAUAAUCGCAAUUAGCUUUACGUAAUUUUUUUUUUCGAAUUAGAAACAUUUCAACCAAGUAAAUCAUCAAGAGGGUCACAAAGACGUUCUGUUUACCAGCGCGUAUAAGCUCUACGAUAGAUACGCGUGUACUUCAUGCUCGUGUUAUAAUCUAAUGAAUCGCGCGGAAGUCACAGCCUACCCAAGGAACUCUACCAUGAUAGCAAACAUAUAUUACAAACAUAUAUAGGCUGAUUAACUCGAUACUAAAAGACACUUCCGCGAAUCAGCAAAUCAAAUACGUAAAGCUCACUGCAGUAAACAGGUUAGUGUCUAAUAAGUUUGACUUUUUUUGUUUCAGGAUCUAGAAAUUCUAAGGACUUUUAGGGGUGGUGUAAUUCAGAAAACAUAGCGUUCUUAGAUAGUUUCUUCGUCCUCAGUAACUGUUCCAUACUUUUGAAAUGCGCGCGCUUGGUUCAUGCCACUUGCUUAAACAUUAAAAAUGUUUACCGAAUUCCGCGGGGUGGAUGUGACCGAAGAUCUGCGUACAAACCUAUUGUGGGGUACGGGGGUAAGCCAUAGCUUGAACAUGAGUUGCUAUCGAUUUGACGAAGGAUCUGCCGGCAUUGAUUAGCCGAAAAUCAUAUGAUGACUUGUCCUUGAACGGUAGAAUGAUCAAUGAAGUUUGGGGCGACGUUUGAACAGAAAGGAACGGGCAAUUACGCUGUUCGUUUUCAGCGGAUUCUCACACCUGUUAGGUAUUUUGUUAUGUGUUUUAACAGUGUGUGUAAUAACAACAGCAACAAAAACUCGAUAUAGAGCGGCCAAGAAGGGAGACGAAAAUAGAGAAGACUAGAUAAAAUAAAAUGUAUCCAUGUGAUAAGUUCGUGAUGGUUGCCACAGGUCGACUGAGUUGCCAGUUCAAACAGGAAUUCAUUAUACGAGCAUGGCUGCUAGCUAUAUAUAUAUAUAUAUAUAUAUAUAUAUAUAUAUAUAUAUAAGAUUAGUUAAGUAGUGCAGUACGCUCAAAAACUUGCGUCGUGUACACUUAUUUGAUACUCUUAUAUGAUUAUAAUUUUUCUUCCAAAAUACAACUACUACACUAUAUUGUAGUCUUUCUAUUUUCCGUGGUGGGGUACGUGAGUUCUCAGACUUGAUUCAUAAAUGUAUGGCUUACUGUUGUCGAAUGGACUUGCAGUAUCGGAAAUACCUAAACCAAAGGCGGAUGAGAGGCCUUGAACAUUUUGAACAAUUGCAAGAUGAAGCAGUUGAAACACAGGAAAAAA